AUGGCCGACGCAGUGAAAGAGAAGGAGGUUCCACCCGCCGUAGUUGAGGCGGAAGAGGAGAACGACGACGCUGAGGAGGACGGGGUGGUCGAUACUCCCGCGAAUGGAGAGGGCAAGAAGAAGAAGAAAAAGAAGAAGCCCAAGAAGAAGAAGGUAGAGCAGACCGAACCGCCGCGUGUUGCCAUAACGAAGCUGUUCCCCGAUGGGAACUAUCCAGAGGGCGAGCUGCAGGAAUAUAAGAACGACAAUGCAUGGCGCACAACCUCAGAAGAGAUGCGCUACAACGAGCGCAUGGCUAUGGAAGACCCCGAGACAACGUACGCGAGCAUUCGCCGUGCCGCGGAGGUGCACAGACAGGUGCGGCAGUAUGCGCGCAAAACGAUCAAGCCGGGCAUGAGCAUGACCGAGAUCGCAAACAUCAUUGAGGAUGGCACGCGAGCAUUGGUAGAGGAGGACGGAAUGGAGUCGGGCGUGGGAUUCCCUACUGGCCUCAGUCUAAACCACUGCGCAGCGCAUUAUUCACCAAACUCGGGGGACACAAUCGUCCUCCAGCACGGCGAUGUCAUGAAGGUCGACUUUGGUGUACAUGUGAAGGGCCGUAUCGUUGAUUCCGCAUUUACACUCACGUUUGAGCCAACCUAUGACAAGUUGCUCGAAGCCGUGAAGGAUGCAACAAAUACUGGUAUCCGGGAAGCUGGCAUCGACGUCCGACUGGGCGAACUCGGCGGAUACAUUCAGGAGACCAUGGAGUCAUAUGAGGUUGAGGCCGACGGCAAGGUGUAUCCCGUGAAAGCGAUUCAAAACCUGAGCGGACAUACCAUCAUACCGUAUUCGAUCCACGGAGGGAAGGCCGGAAAGUCCGUACCGCUGAUCAGGACGGAAGACCAAACGAAGAUGGAGGAAGGGGAGUAUUUUGCUAUCGAGACGUUUGGAUCAACGGGACGCGGCAGGGUCGUUGAGAAUGGCGAAGUCUCGCAUUAUGCGAGGGCAUGGGAUGCACCACAUGUUCCUCUGCGGUUGACGUCUGCCAAGUCGCUACUCAAGACUAUCAACAAGAACUUUGGCACAUUGCCGUUCUGCCGGCGGUACCUCGACCGACUCGGGGAGAGCAAGUACCUGCUUGCCUUGAACCACCUAGUGGCACAAGGAAUUGUGCAUGACUAUCCCCCGCUAUGCGACCAAAUAGGGUCGAAGACUGCCCAAUUCGAACACACCAUCCUAUUGCGUCCGACACGGAAAGAGGUAGUCAGCCGAGGAGAGGACUACUAACGCGCGGCCCUGGCUUAUACCGCUGUCUGUUGUCCGCUGUUCUGUAUUGGUAGUGUGUCUGUAAUAUGCCGUUGGAUACCUCAGGCUUCCGCUCGGCUGACUGUCAUGUGUUCGAAGUGAGCGUGCCACAUUCAGCAAAUGCACGCCGGG